AUGCAAAGCAGCAGCAGGCAGAUGCUCAAGUGCGCAGCAUCUGCAGCAUCACCUUUCGCCGCGAGGCGCACACUUUGGACGACUUGGACCUGGCCGACCUCAUCUCCGAGCUCUGGCGCCUCUCCGUGGUGGACGGCGCAGUCUCAGACGCGGGGAGGAGCCAAAUCUCUGUGGAGGAGAGUACAUGGCCUCCUUGGCGCUGGAGCAGCAGAUGCAGAUGGAGGCCGAGUUCCAGGAGAGCUGGAGGACAAAGAGCCACCGGAGAUGGAGCUGGGCGCCGCGGUGGCUUCGGUGCGGGAGGCCGGGGGCGAGAUGAACUGGGUACUGCUGGGCAUGAAAAAACCUGCUGACAAGGAGGCAACAGGAAGGGAAACGAAAGCCGCAGAGGAAAAGAAGGCAAAGGAGGCAGAAGACGCAAAAGCCAAGAAGGCGGAGGAGGAGAAGAAGGCAAAGGAGGCAGAAGACGCAAAAGCCAAGAAGGCGGAGGAGGAGAAAAAGGCAAAGGAGGCAGAAGACGCAAAAGCCAAGAAGGCGGAGGAGGACAAGAAGGCAAAGGAUGCAGCGGACGCAGAAGCUAAGAAGGCGGAGGAGGAGAAGAAGGCAAAAGAUGCAGCGGCUGCAGAAGCCAAUAAGGCGGAGGAGGAGAAGGCAAUCUUGGCAGCAGCGGCACUAGCAAAGAAGGCGGAGGAGGAGAGGAAGGCAAAGGAGGCAGAAGACGCAAAAGCCAAGAAGGCGCAGGAGGAGACAAAGGCGAUGGAGGCAGAAGACGCAAAAGCCAAGAAGGCGGAGGAGGAGAAGAAGGCAAAGGAGGCAGACGAUGCAGAAGCCAAGAAGGCGGAGGAGGAGAAGAAGGCAAAGGAUGCAGCGGACGCAGAAGCCAAGAAGGCGGAGGAGGAGAAGAAGGCAAAGGAUGCAGCGGACGCAAAAGCCAAGAAGGCGGAGGAGGAGAAAAAGGCAAAAGAUGCAGCGGAUGCAGAAGCCAAUAAGGCGGAGGAGGAGAAGGCAAUCUUGGCAGCAGCGGCACUAGCAAAGAAGGCGGAGGAGGAGAGGAAGGCAAAGGAGGCAGAAGACGCAAAAGCCAAGAAGACGCAGGAGGAGAAAAAGGCAAAGGAUGCAGCGGACGCAGAAGCCAAGAAGGUGGAGGAGGAGAAGAAGGCAAUCGCAGCAGCGGCAAUAGCAAAAGCAGCGGAGGAGAAGGCAAAGGAGGGAACGGCGACAGAAACCAAGAAGGCUGGGGCAGAGAAAAUGACAAUGCAGGCAGUGGCCGCAGAAGCCAAGAAGGCGGAGGAGGAGAAGAAGACAAAGGCGGCAACGAGCGCAGAAGCCAAGAAGGCAGAGCAGCAAAAGAAGGCCAGAUCUUCUGUGGCAUCCAGUCACAGCUUGUCCUCAAGACCAGCUCGAGAUGCCUCUGGCAAAGAUCUCACAGGCCAGGACGAGCCACGGCUGACCGGGAAGCUGAAGCUGAAGACUGGCUGGGGCUGGUGGUGGGCGCGCAGGCAUGUGGAGCUUAAAUGCGGCAAACUGCAGUGGUGGCGCAAGGAGCCGCAGGGCCCGCCUGACGUGGAGUUGCGCCUCAGCGACGGCGUCACUCGCUGGGUUCUGACGCGCCACGAGGGCAACAUUAUGGAGCUCAUGUCGGAGAACCACAGCAACGCUGUCAAGGACGGCGAGCGAGUCCUGCUUCGGGCCUCCAGCGAGGGCGAAGCGCAGCAGUGGGCGCAGGCCCUACAGGAGCAGAUUCAGUACGUGGAGAUGCUCUUAGCCUGGCCCAUGCCCAUGGAUGGCCGGCAGGGCGACAUCAGGUUCUACGGCGUGGAGUAUCCCUGA